AAUAAGAAUGACUUUAUCAACAACGAGUUCCUCGCUGUCUACGUCUACAGAAAUGUUUACUUUGGUUCUUUUUAUUUCGCUUAUUAAUCUCCAGUUUUGUUCAUCAACUGACAGAAAUGACAAACCAAUAAUCGGUGUUCUGGCUCAGGAGGUCUUCUCCCCGAACCCGAACCAGACGGCCUACAUCGCGGCCUCCUAUGUGAAGUUUCUGGAGGCUGCUGGAGCCAGAGUCGUGCCGGUCAUGAUUAACAAGACACCGGAGGAAUACAAGACUCUGUUCAGCUCUAUUAAUGGGAUCCUGUAUCCAGGCGGCGGAGUUAGCAUCACCUCAUCUGGCUACCAAAAAGCUGCCAAAAUCUUCUACGAUCUGGCCAUUGAGGCGAACAAGAGGGGCGACUAUUUCCCGGUGUGGGGGACCUGUCUGGGUUUUGAACAGCUCAUGUAUUUGACGAGUGAAAAUACUCAGCUGUCACACACCAACACGAGCGGCGUCGCCUUGCCGCUCAACUUCACUCCAGAGGUGAAAGGCAGCAGGAUGUUUGAGGCCUUUCCUCCUGACCUCAUGUCAGCUCUGUCCGCCGAGCCGCUAACAGAAAACUCCCACUACUGGAGCCUCGGCACGCUGACUUACAACACAAACGAGGACCUGAAGAGUUUCUAUAAAGUCCUCUCAACAAACACAGACGGAAACAUCGAGUUUGUGUCAACAGUGGAAGCUUACAGUUACCCUGUUUAUGGAACGCAGUGGCAUCCAGAGAAAAAUGCCUUUGAGUGGUCCAGGCCUUACAUUCCUCACUCUCCAUCGGCAGUCAGGACGACUUUCUACACGGCCCACUUCUUUGUGAACGAAGCACGGAAGAACUUUCACAGGUUUCAGUCUAAGGAGGAAGAGAACAAAGCGCUGAUAUACAACUAUAAUCCUGUUCACACUGGAAGCACCAGCAGCUUUGAGCAAAUUUAUUUAUUCUGAAAAUCCUCUGCACAAAGCUGCUCUGCUUUAAUAUGGACUUGAUAUAUUUAGUUUUCUAAUUAUCUGAAAAUGUUUUGCACUGGGAAUUGAAUGAAGCGUCUGUGUUAUCGAUUAGCAUCACCAGCUUCUUUUUCAAGAGCUUUUCUGUUUGUUGUAAACACUUUUUGCUAAUUUCUUAAUUGUUUGAAAUGCUAAGUUGAAUUUUUCUCCUGGCCUUAACUUUAACCACUUUAACCACUUUAACUUUAACCACUCCAACUAGAUCUGAGUAUUGAAUUAGAAACUGCUUCUUUAUACAAAGAAUGUAAAAAAAAUCUAAUGUAAUAAAGAAGAUGCUGUUUAUUCUUUGUCAA